AUGGCUGGCCAAUUAAGCGCUUGCGAAAGGCGUACGAGCUCCUCGGUGGACCACACCCACGGAUUGCUCGGUACGUAUGGCUCUGCUCGUGUAACUAGCCGCGCUCAAUCUGUUAGGUAUAUAGGCGCGCUAUACAGCACUUCGGGUGAUGGUAUAGUCGUUGAGAAGCUGGAACCGGGUCAACUCAAGAGGGUUGAGGUGCCUGCAAUGACAGUACCUGUGGUAGCGCAAACGAUGUCGUACGACGACAAGAUCAUGCUAUCGCUGUAUUACCGAUGGGCGAUACAGGCACUCUCCGCCUUCCGGUUCAUGCAUGCUCGAUCCAUGUGCAUUGGCUUCUUCUCAUCGCAACUCGUGUGGAUACGCCCGGACUUCUCGCUCGCAGUGGGUGGAUUCAUCAGCGCUAGUGCACAGGAGAUAGAGGAUGAGCUCUGGAAAGAUACUGAAGAAGACACUAAGGCGGCCCGACGAGAAGCUAACUUCAUAGAUGAAAAUGGGCGAGAGAUAGAGAGCACCGCUAGCUGCGGUUGGAGCGAGGGUGAGUGGGCAGCGGACGACAUGAUAUAUGAUAUGGUACAUGGUGAGGAUUCUUUUGAUGAAAGUUACUACACAGGAGGUGUGCAAGGGAGUGUAAAGGCAGACCUCUUCUACUGGGCUACAUUCGUCUGGCGACUCAUGACGAACGACUUCACUGCUGUAUCGCCAUCGCGUCGUGGGCCUUUUCGUGGACUAUGGGAGCCUGCAUGGCCCAUGGAAGGAGGCUACAUGAUAGAAGACUCGCCAAAUAUAUCCAACAUUAUCGAUGAGAGACAACGGCGCAAGCUAUUCCAGCAGCUAGAGAGAGCUAGAUUGGGACAUAUCCUGGUUGGCGCUUGGCAUAAUCGAUAUGGCAGCGUGGAUGAGGUCAUUCGUGAUAUCGAGUUGGCGGCAGCUGAGGUGGGCAUAACCAUCUCUGGCGACGAGGUUGACAUUGGUGAGAAGUGGGAGGAUGUUUUCGAGUUCAAGGACGGGAAGUUGGAUUUCAAAGUCAGGUCUGAUUAG